AUGACUCUGGCAGAAGAAAGGGAGCUGGAAGUUGUAAAGGGUGGCCUGACUUAUGUUGGUGCUGAUGACCACAGUGAUAGCCCACACUGGCAUGCAAGAUAUCCAUGGCUCAUGGACCCAUCUACAUUGCCAAACAACAGAAAAGCAGUGGAGGGAACCUUCCUCAGAACAGAGAGACAGCUCGCCAAAGAACCGCAGUGGAAAAAAGCCUACAGUGCUCAAGUUCAUGAAAUGGUUGACCGCCGGGCUGCAAAAAAGCUGACCAAAGAGGAUCUAGCCAACUGGAAUGGACCUGUCUGGUAUAUUAGUCAUCUUAUAGCACCCAACCCCCACUCUGUUACAACUCCAGUAAGACUUGUCUGGAAUAGCAGUCAGAAGUACAAAGGCCAGAGUCUCAAUGACUUUCUAAUGAAAGGCCCUGACGUUCUCAACCCGAUCCGAGCUGUCCUCCUCAAGUUCCGCCAAGGCUCCUUCGCCGCUCUAGGAGACGUCAGGAAAAUGUAUAAUUCUGUGUGGCUUGAGGAGAGGGAAGUCCAUCUACACCGGUUCUUGUGGCGUGAUUCAGAGGGUGAUGAGCUAGAACAGUACGCCGUAAGCAGAGUGAAUAUUGGGGACAAACCAGCUGGUUGCAUAGCACAACUUGCCAUGAGGGAGACCGCUAACCUGCCUCAAUUCAACCACCUCACAGAAGAAUGGCAAGUAUUAAAUGAGCAUAUCUACGUCGAUGACAUCUUAACAUCCCACAACUGCCGUGAAAGACUUGAAGUCAUCACAAAGAAUGUGGAGCUAAUUCUAAAAGCAGGAGGGUUUGCAUUGAAGCCUUGGAUCUUCUCAGGUCAAGGUAAAGGAGAACGAGAAAAGGCAUCACCAAAUAUUGUUGUCCUGCCGAACCAGCUUAAGGAGGAAGACAACAAGGCGCUGGGUCUCGGCUACAUUGUGGAUGAAGACAUGUUGCAUGUCAUGGUGAGGGUCAACUUCUCCAGGCGAAAGAAAAAGAUGAGACUUGGGCAAGACUUGCUGCUAGAAGAAGUACGAACGCAGACACCAGACCCGCUGACAAGACGUGAACUGUUGAGUCAAGUUGCUGGUUUGUAUGACCCAGUUGGCCUGGCAACACCAUCAAAACAAAGAGGGGCUAUCUUGGUCCGAAGGGCAUUCCAAGAGGCAAAACCAAAGUGUAGCAUGGUCAAGGACACAUGGGACCUUCCUCUGUCAGAUGAGCUCCGCAAAGAUGCUAUUGGAAUUUUUGAGGAGUACGUCCAGCUAAGCAAAGUAAGGUUCCCAAGAGCCCUUACUCCACCAAAGGCAACAACUGAACCAGUCGCUGUCACUUUUUCAGAUGGCAGUGAAAGCUCCUAUGGUGCUGUCCUCUACCUGCGGUGGAACUGUAACAAACAAUUAACAAUUCGACUAGUGGAAUCAAAAGCAAAGCUGACACCUUUAGACCAGAAGGGGGAUGCGGUCAAAGCAGAACUUUGCGGUGCAGUUUUUGCAUGCCGGCUGAAAAAGUACUUUGAACAGCAUACCCAGAUCCAGAUAAAAAGGUGGUACCAUUUGUUAGACAGUCAGACUGUUCUUGGAGCUAUCCAGCGUGAAAGCUAUGGAUUUCAGACUUUCUUUGCCAAUAGAAUUGGAGAGAUCCAAGAAAGCACACGGCUACAGGACUGGUGGUGGAUCCCUGGACCACUCAACAUAGCCGACAUUAUCACUAGAGGAGCUGGGCCAAAGGAACUUGAUGCCCAUUCAGAGUGGCAGCAAGGGCCAGAGUUUCUACAUCUUCCAGAGAGCGAGUGGCCAGUUAUGUCGUCAAAAGAUGUGUCUGUGACAGCUCGAGAAAGCAUUAACAAUAUGCAAAAGAAGUCAUUUGUGGCAGCACUCACAAGAGCCCAAGCGAAAAAAAGUCUUCCAAGUCUUGUGGGACGACUUCCUGCUGGUGCAGCUGUCCUAAACUUGGUGAGUGAGAGGCGCUUUAGUAGCCUAAAGUGUCUAAUCAAGACUGUUGCUUUUAUCUGGAGAGCCGCCAAAAAGUUUGCAUCUGCAACAAAGUCCAUUGAGAACCCAAAGUGGGAGGCGAUUCCCACAAAAGGAGUUAUCACCGCCACAGAACGUCAAGAAGCAAUAAGAGACAUCUAUCUUGCUGCUCAAGAAGGGGUGACGUUCCCAGCUACCACUACGGACCGCUUGGUUGUGUACAGAGAACCAGAAUCUGGGUUACUAGUUUGCGGUGGGAGAAUCCAUGGCUUCAGGGAGGAUGGCGCUGCAGUUCCCCUUCUGCCUUGUAAUGCAUGGGUCUCUACUUUAUUGGCACGGGAGGCGCACGAUGAGGGUCAUGAAAGUGUGGCUGCAACCCUGCUGAAACCUCACCGAAAUGGGGCUGCUGAAGCCGCUGUCCGCAUUCUCAAGAAGGCACUCCAGAGCCUGGGCAACAACACUGGCCUCAGCUACAGCGAGCUUCAGACAACACUACAACUUGCUGCAAACCUUGCCAACGAAUGCCCAAUAGACGCCAGGGUGCAGAGCCAUGAAGAAAGCGUGCAGUAUGUGUCACCCAACACACUUCUCCUGGGCCGAGCCUCUCCAAGCGGUGAGAUCAGAACAUUUGACUUUGCAAACUACCCUUAUAAGAGACUCAGAGAAAUGCAGAACCAGGUCAACAAGUUCUGGAGGUCUUGGAGCCAGCUUGCCGGCCCAAACUUAUUUCUGAGAAGUAAAUGGCACACUCUGCAUCGCAACGUUGCUAUCGGAGAUAUUGUCUGGUUGUGCGACCAAAAUGCAGUGAGGGGCCAAUUCAAGCUAGGACGGGUGGUGAGCGUAAAUCCAGAUGCUAAGGGCAUUGUUCGGGACGUAAACGUCAAAGUGGUCCAAAGCUCCUGCCUUCCUGUCACGAAACCCACACUAAAUCGGCCAUCCGCCAAAGUCCUGAAAGAAGCUACCCAAACCACGGUUCUGCACAGAGAUGUUCGACGCCUGGUUGUCUUACUACCAGUUGAGGACCAAACUCGGAGCUGACCGGCAGUAAGCAGGUGCUGAUUUACGAUCUUUCCAUCGGUUCCCGUGGGAAGAUCGAGUGGGAGGUGUGCUGACAAACUGCCUGGGAGCUCCUCCCAUUCAAUCAGUGGUGAACCAGGUGGAACAAAUCUUCCAAGCAAUCUGAGCAUGCCAGUACCUGGCUCUGUUGUCUUUAGACAGUGGAAGGAGCAUU